AUGCGCCGGAGGUCUAGCACUCAGAAGUCCGUGCAGUUUUGAACAUGGACACCUGGCUGUGUGUAUGCGUGCUCCUGGGACUCCAGCUUUCCUGCUGUUUCGGAUACGAAGGGUCCGGCUACUACGUCGACGACGAGGACUCGUACGCGCGGAGAUAUGCAGGCACUCCAUGGUGCGCCCCGGUGAAGGUGAAGCAUGGGCAGGUGAGCUGCCAGACUCCGCGCGGCGAGCGCCACAAGAACGUGCUGGGCACGCGCUGCAAGAUCCGCUGUAACCGUGGCUACGAGAUGCACGGGCACCACGAGAUCCUCUGCCAUGCCAACAAGCAGUGGUCAGGAAACUACGCCUGCAGAGAGGUGCGCUGUAUGAAGCUGUCGGUGCCGGUUAAUGGGGGCUAUAAGUGCACGGAUGGCUCGUACUUCAACUCCAGGUGCCAGUUCUUCUGCUCCCCCGGGUACACCCUGCACGGAGACAAGAGCGCCACCUGUCUGCACACACACACCUGGAGCGGAGGACGCACCACGUGUGUAGAUGAGGAGUCCCCGGUGAUCAAGUGUCCCACGGUGAAGGAGCGCACGGCUGAACCUGGAAAACUCACCGUCAGGAUCACCUGGGACUCACCUGAGGGCAAAGACACCGCCGACGGCAUCCUCACAGAUGUGGAUUUGAAGGGGAAAGCUCCAGGUUCCUACUUCUCUGAGGGGAACCAUAAGCUCUCAUACACCGUGUUUGACCGCGCUGGCAACAAGGGCUCCUGUCGCUUCAACAUCAGAGUCAGAGUGAAGCGCUGCACCCCUCUGCCCAUCCCUGAUAACGGCUGGAUGCGCUGUGACAGCGCGGGCGAUAACUACGGUGCCACCUGUGAGUUCCGCUGCCUGGGCGGGUACGAGCUGCAGGGCAGCGCUGCCCGCGUGUGCCAGUCUACACAGGACUGGUCAGGACAGGAGACCGUGUGUGCACCCAUGAAGGUCAACGUGUUGGUGAGGUCAGCCGCCGCGCUAUUGGACCAGUUCUACGAGAAGCGCCGCCUCCUCAUCAUCUCCGCCCCCACCGCCGCCAAUCACUACUACAGGUUCCAGAUGACCAACCUGCAGCAUGCCCAGUGUGGACUGGACCUGAGACAUGUGACCGUGGUGGAGCUGGUGGGGAUCUGGCCAGCUCAGAUAGGACGCAUCCGACACCAACUCAUCCCACCACCCCUGGCCCUGCAGCUCAGGCUGCUGAUGAGGCUGUCCACUAACUCCUUCAGCAUGGUGCUGCUGGAUAAGCAGGGCACGGAUCGCCAGCGCUACACCUUCCCCAUCACCUCCGCCGAGAUCUUCACCACCAUCGACACCUUCACCCAGCGCAUGGAGGAGAUCCAGCUGCAGAAGGAGGCUGGCCACAGCUGCUGAACACACACACACACACACACACACACACACACACACACACGUAUACACACACACUCACUACUCACCUUCACCCAGCGCAUGGAGGAGAUACAGCUGCAGAAGGAGGCUGGCCACAGCUGCUGAACACACACACACACACACACACACACACACACACACACACACACACACACACACACACACACACACACACACACGUAUACACACACACUCACUACUCACCUUCAUCCAACGCAUAGAGGAAAUACAGCUACAGAAGGAGGCUGGCCACAGCUGCUGAAAACACACACACACACACACACACACACACGUAUACACACACACACACACACACACAUACACACACACACACACACACACACACACAC